AUGGGGCAAAGCUUCUGGGAGCAGCUCCAUCUGGCCCUCACCCUCCUACUUCUGAAUCUGGGGUCUGCCGUGACCAGAGAUGCCCCUUACAGCUGCUAUGGGGUUCCAGGCCUGCCAGGCAUGCCAGGUGCACCAGGCAAGGAUGGCCGGGAUGGGCUGAAGGGAGCCAAAGGCGAGCCAGGCAUCCCAGCCACUUCUGCAACACAAGGGCCCAAGGGCAUGAAAGGGGAACUGGGCAGCCCUGGCUCACCAGGCAAGUCUGGCCUCAUCGGUCCCCCUGGUCCCCCUGGAGACCCUGGGAUGAUGGGCUUUGCUGGACCGCCGGGUAUGCCAGGCAGCUACAAACAGAAGCAGCGGUCAGCAUUUUCGGUGACGAGGCAGACCAGCGAGCAUCCCCUGAAGAAUGUCCCUGUGGUAUUCAACAAUGUCAUCACCAACACCAACCAUGACUACAACACCACCACAGGCAAGUUCACCUGCAAGCUCUCCGGCCUCUACUACUUUGUCUUCCACACCUCACUGACAUCCAACCUCUGCGUCGUCCUGUACAAGAACAACAGCAAGAUGGCCAGCUUCUGUGACCAUAAGACCAACACCAUACAGGUCAGCUCCGGUGGGGUCCUCCUCCACCUGAGUGCUGGGAACCAGGUCUGGCUGCAGGUGAACGACUACAAUGGCAUGGUGGGCAUUGGCAACUCUGACAGCAUCUUCUCAGGGUUCCUGCUCUUCCCAGACUAG